AUGAUAGAAGACUUUAACAAAUUAUCUCAGUGUUUUAACGAUUUUUUGAAGAACAGCACUGAACUGUUGGUACAGCAACAAAUGAAGAGUAUUCGGUUGGAUCCAGAAAUAACUACUGCUGGAACUACUGCAAGUAUUAACAGUUUAACCGAUAAGGUGCAAGAGUUUCACAGUAUAUUGGAUGAUCUAGAUAUCACGUUAGAAAAUUCUAUUAGAUUUAUAAACGAUUUCAACAAACAUUGUUUAUAUAAAGAACAAAGAUUAAAAGAAAUACAGGAAGAAAAGGAAAGGUUGGAAAAGUUAAAGAAGGAGGAAGAAGAGGCGAGAGCGAAGGAACUGCGAUUAAAGGAAGAAGAAGAGGAGAAGAAAAAAAUGGUUAUGAUGAAAACUGAAGAAGAAGAAAAACAAAGACUACAACAAGAAAGUUUGAAUAGUAAUAAUAAUGAAAUAAAUUCUUUGAAUAUUUCUGACUAUACUAGCAAUAAUACUGGUUCAAAUAUUAACAAUAAUAAUGCUGAUGGAUUUAUUAAUUCAGAUAAUCCUUUAUGUGUGGGUUCUUUAGACACAGUUACUGCCAACAAUAUUAAUAAUGAUAUAUUAGCUGGUGGUUCUAAUUCUAUGGAGCAUAGCACUGUAUUGAACUCGUUAAGUGCCGAUAAUAAUUAUGCUAAAAGUAAUAAUACAGAUAAUAGUGGUGGUGGAAACGCUAAUAUCAAUAGUAACAAUGAUAAUAGUAAUAGUAAUAAUAAUAAUAAUAAUAAUAAUAAUGCUAAUAAUAAUGAUAAUAAUAAUGAUAAUAUUAAUAACAAUAAUAAUAAUAAUAAUGCUAACAAUAAUGAUAAUAAUAAUAAUAAUAAUAAUAAUAAUAAUAAUAAUAAUAAUAAUGAUAAUAAUAACAAUUUAAUAACUGAUAAUUUUAAUGCAAAUGAUUUCGAUUUUAGUGUUUUUAAUGGUGCCAUUCAAAAUGAUUUUAAUUUGGGUAGUACUAGUAGUAUUCAUAGUAAUGAGAACGGUAUAAAAAAUACAUCUAGUGCUGCCUUGGAAUCUGCCCUUUUAAGAACCAUGCCAGACAAUGAUAAUAACAACGCAACUAGUAAUCAUAAGGUUAAUACACAUGAUAAUGUCAGCAAUGGUAAAGACAAUGUUAAUAUAAGUAGUAACAAUAGUAAUAAUACUGCUAGUAACAGUAAUAGUAAUAGCUAUGCUAAUAUUGAUAAUAACAACAACAACAACAAUAAUAAUAAUAAUAAUAAUGUUGAUAAUACUAACAACAACAAUACCUUCAAAGAUAAUCUUAACAAUAACAAUGCUAAUGGCAACAACGAUAAUAGUGGUAUGGGAAUUAAUUAUACUACAGACAAUGUUAAUACAGAUAAUAACAACGACAAGAAUGACAAUAAUAAUGGUGAGUUAGAUGGUCUUGGAGAUGAUCAGUAUUUGACAUUGAAUGAACUAAAUGAUUUAGGUAUAGACUGGGGUAAUAGUAAUGUGGACGGUUUUAAUGAAAGUGGUAGUACAUUUGGUAUGUGA